UUGAAAACAACCUCGGAUGUAUGCCGGUACAUCUGUUGAAGUAGUUCGUAAAAUUUUGAAUUAGCGACUUUAGCGGGUUAUCUGCCCCAAAUCCCACUAUAGGUGGCGCUGCUGUCGAGUAGGUCCUUUAUCCGGGUAUCCUCGGAUCUUAUCAAUUCAUCCACGCCAUUGUUGUUUACCCAAGCGUUUGACAGUUAUACAUUGAAAGUGAUUAAUCAUGCCUGAAACAACUUGUGUUGUACCAUUUUGUUCACGAAAAGGACGUCAUAAGUUUCCGAAGGACAAAGCCCGACGAGAUGCAUGGGUGCACGCAAUUAAAAGGGGAAAAUCGAAGUUCGAAAUGUGGUCACCUACGAAGUACUCGUAUAUCUGUGAGAAUCAUUUCACGGGAGAUGAUUACCACUCUGAGACGUAUUCUGGGGUCGAACGACAGAAAAAGGCUCUCCGAAAAACCGCCGUUCCAAGUGUGUUUUCUUGGACAUGCCAAGACACAUUGCAGAAGAAGAGGGCACGCAAGGACGGAUGUCUCUCUCGAGAUGCUAGAAAGAGGAAGCUAUUCCACGACAUUUCGAAUAUCAGUGAAGAGCCACAGCCAGAGUUUAUUGCUCAGAAGUUAGAAAUUGUUUCAGAUGAUUUGGAUGUUGGGGCAGUUGAGGAAGUAAUUCCAAUGGACACUGAAACUGUAUCUGAAGUUGAAACUGAUGUGCAAGGGAUACCUUCAUAUGUAGAUGCUGUGGUUCAGACACCAAAACAACCAGCAUUUUCUAUUUAUAACUUUGAACAUGAUUCAGCAGCAGUUCAUUUUUAUACUGGACUUGAAAAUUAUUUGAAAUUUAUGUUUGUUUUGAGUACACUUGGACCAGCAGCAUAUCAUCUGAACUAUAUAUAUCACUCUGUUAUUAGUGUGACUGUGCCUGACCAAUUUUUAAUUGUGUUAAUGAAACUUAGGCGACACACAACAAGCUUUGAACUGUCUAGAAUGUUCAGUGUUGCUGAAAGUGUAAUUUCAAACAUAUUCAUUACAUGGGUUCUCUUCAUGGAGAAACAGUGGAGGGAACUCAACAUCUGGCCGAGCCAAGAACUUGUUAAGCACUUUGCUCCAAGCAGUUUCAAAAGAAACUACCCAAACACACGUGUUAUAGUAGAUGGAACAGAAUGUCCAAUUAAAAAACCUAAAAACCCAACCGCCCAGCAAGCCACUUUUUCAACAUAUAAAAACAGGAACACUGUCAAAGUACUGAUAGGAACUUCACCAGGGGGUUUGGUUUCAUAUGUGUCACCUUCAUACGGAGGCUCAACAAGUGACAGGCAGAUUGUGGAGCGUAGCUCAUUAGCUAAGAUGUGCGAUAAAAAAGACAGUAUUAUGGCCGACAAAGGUUUUAAUGUACAGGACAUUUUUGCGCCGCAUGAUGUAUUUAUUAACAUUCCAACAUUCUUUAAGAAAAAAAAUAGAAUGUCCAAUGAAACAGUGAUAAGAGAUCGGAAAAUUGCAAGUAAACGGGUGCAUGUAGAGAGGAUUAUUGGACUGGCGAAAACAUACAAGAUACUGACAGAGCCAAUGAUAGCAACAGAAACCAAACUCUCAUCUGAAAUAAUUUUUGUGUGUUUUAUGCUGUGUAAUUUUAGAAAUGGCAUUGUGCCCUCAUAUGCCUGAACUUACAAGAAUAUUUUCACCUUUAUAUUAAAGCAACACUCUCAUUCAAAAUCAGAACUUACACAUGUAUAACAAAAAAUGAGUGAUAAAGCUUUAACUUCUUAUUAUAUAAUGCAUUUAUAAAAAGUAUUAGUAAGUGAUACCAAGAUCAAAAGAUCCUUCAAAAGAACCAUAGUUUUCAACAUUUAUUCAACCUUUUUGGUCUAUUAAUCUUAUUUGGGAGUAAGAGUGCUGCUUUAACAUUUACUGUUUAUGUUGUGUUUUUUUGUAAAUAAAUAUUUAAAUAUGC